CAACUGGGGCACAAAGCCAAGGACAUCUUUUUAGUUUCGUUUCUCGCACACUGGAUAACACACCAUUUCUGCAGCCAUGGCAAAAGCUAGGGAGGAAUUUGGAGGGGGUGCUAGUCUGGAGAACGAACUGAGCUGUCCCAUCUGCCUGUGCCUGUACAGGAACCCAGUGUCACUGAGCUGCGGUCACAGCUUCUGUAAGCAGUGCAUCCAGAAGGUACUCAGUGCCCAGCAGCAAUCCAAGGCCCCUUACUCCUGCCCCAUGUGCAAGUCCCAGCUGGGGCCCAUCCUGGAGCUGCAGAAGAAUUUUCAGCUGUGCAGCAUCGUGGAGGCAUUCCUGGCCACCUCCUCCAAAGAACAACAGGGUGAGGAGUCUGCAGAGAGGAAGAAGGAGGUGGUUCCCUGUGACUUCUGCCUGGAUUGGUCCCAGCCAGCAGUGAAAACCUGCCUGAUCUGCGAUGCAUCUUUGUGCCAGGCCCAUCUGAGCAAACACAAUGCCAAGGCUUCCCAGCAGAACCACGUCCUGGUGGAGGUGGGCGCAGGUGGUGUGGCGAUGGAGAGGAAGUGCCCGGAGCAUGGCAGGCUGCUGGAGUGCUACUGCCAGGACGAGGGGCAGUGCAUCUGUGUGCUCUGCUCUAUUGCGGGGUGCCACAAGGGCCACAGCAUCAUCACCCUGCAGGAGGCACACGACAAACAGUUGGGCAAACUCUCGGAAAUCGUGGCGUGGCUGCAGGAACAUAAAAGUGCUUUAGCUACUGCCCUAGAAGAGCUUCAGAAAAGCGAGAAUCAGCUCAAGACCAAUACAAAAACAGUGACUUCUCAGCUGCAAAAGCAGUUUGAAGAGAUUAAGACAGUGAUGAUUCAGAAAGAGAAGAAGAUCCUGAGUGACAUUCAAUCCAAUGAGAAAAAACAACUGGCAGAGAUUACCAAAGUGAAGAAGGAAAUGGAACAGAGGAGAGAUGAGGCUGUGCAGCAUCUCCAGUCUUUGCAGAAGAUGAGAGAUCAACCAGAUAUUUUACUCUUCUUCAAAGAAUUUAAACUGGCCAUGGACAGGAUUGCAGGUCAGAAUUUCAGCGCUAGCAAGAUGGACGUGGCAGUAGUGCAGCUGGAUCAGGCCAGGAUCGCCCAGUACCGACACGUGAUAAGGGACUUUGUGACCCGCCUGGACUCGCUGCUGCAAGGCGUGCACAGUGAACUCACCAACCAAAUUAAGAGCAAGAGUGUUCAGUACCAGUAUGAGUAUUCAGACAUUGGUACCUCUUCAAACUACACAUCUGAAAAACCAGAAAAAAUGUUUUUCUUUAAGAUGCAUGGGGUGCAACACAAACACGACCGAAAGGAUCAGCAUACUUCAAGUGGCAGAUGUGAACAAAGUGUAUGGUCUACAUACGCCCAGAAGUAAGGGAAAGAUGAAAAAAAGAAGUCAGAACUGAGAUGGAAAUAAAAAGUUAAAUAUUGACAAAAAUGUCCUCUAAUAAUGGGGACCUGCUAAGUGUCUUGAGCUCCCCUGCACACCUGCUAUUAAAAGCAAUUCUAUAACAUCUGCAAAUUUAGAAAAGAAGUGCUAAGAAUUAACAUGAACAUAAGAAAACAUCCAACUAUUGCUGGCUUCCAAACUGCAUACUGUAUCAUCUCAUGGCAUUAAUGACACCUAUGUACUAUUAAUUGUGGUGACUGUGUUGUCAUUAAGUGGUUGGAUAACCAAAUAAAUGGCUAUAGAUACAGAUAAA